AUGCACACUCUCGUGCGCUCUCACGCGCUUGCCCACGCACUCUCUCACGCGCUUACGCACGCGCUCUCUCACGCGCUUGCGCACGCGCUCUCUCACGCGCUAGCGCACGUGCUCUCUCAUGCGCUCUCUCGUGCACUCUCUCACGUGCACUCUCACGCGCACUCUCAAGCGCACUCUUUCUCGCUCUCUCACGCGCACUCUCACGUGCACUCUCACGUGCACCCUCACGCUCUCUCACGUUCUCUCUCACACGCACUCUCACGCGCUCUCUCACGCGCACUCUCACGCGCAUUCUCAUACGCUCUCUCACACGCUCUCUCAUGCUCUCUCGCACGCACUCUCACACGCACCCUCACGUGCUCUCUAACGCGCACUCUCACAAGUCUCCCAUGCGUCUCCCACAUGCACUCUCACGCCCACUCUCGUGCGCUCUCUCACGCGCUUGCGCACGCGCUCUCUCACACGCUUGCGCACGUGCUCUCUCACAUCCUCUCUCACACGCACGCACUCUCACGCGCUCUCUCACGCGCACUCUCGUGCGCAUUCUCACACGCUCUCUCACACUCUCUCUCACAUGCUCUCUCACGCUCUCAUACGCACCCUCACUCGCUCUCUUACGCGCACUCUCACGCACACUCUCACUCGCACUCUCACACGAACUCUCACACUCACUCUCACGUGCUCUCACGCGCUCUCUCACGCGCACUCUCAUGCGCAUUCUCACACGCACACUCACGCGCUCUCACGCGCACUCUCACACGCACACUCACGCGCUCUCUCACGCGCACACUCACGCACUCUCUCACGCGCUCUCUCCCCACUCUCUCACGCGCACUCACGCGCUCUCUCACGCGCAAUCUCACUUGCUCUCUCACGAGCACUCUCCUGCGCGUUCGCUCCCUUGCACACGCUCUCCCUCGCUCUCCAAAACAACCCGCGCUGGCGCACCAUCCCGCGCUCGCGCACCAGCCUGCGCUCGCGCACCAACCCGCGCUCACGCACCAGCCCGCGCUCAUGCGCCAACCCGCACUCGCACACCAAGUCUCGCUUGCGCUCGUGCACCUGUCGCCGGAGGCGACGGCCGGGGAGGGAUGGAGAGGCGACGGCGGGGAUGGAAGGAGAGACGAUGGCGAGGAGGAGGGAGAGGCGACGGCAGGGAGGAGGGAGAGGCGGCGGCGGGGAGGAGGGAGAGGCGGCGGCGGGGAGGAGGGAGAGGCGACGGCGGGGAGGAGGGAGAGGCGACAGCGGGGAGGAGGGAGAGGCAACGGCGGGGAGGAGGGAAACGCAACGGCGAAGAGGAGGGAAAGGCGGCGGCGGGGAGGAGAAAGAGGCGACGGCGAGAGGGAGAGGCGACGGCAGGGAGGAGGGAUACGCAACGGCGGGGAGGAGGGAUACGUGACGACGGGGAGGAGGGAAAGGCGACGGCGGGGAGGAGGGAGAGGCGACGGCGGGUAG